UCUCUCCCCGCCCGCUCGCUGCUGCAGCCGCCUCUCCGCUUCUCCUCCUCCUCCUCCUGCUGCUGCUGCUGCCUCCGCUCCGUUCCCCGCCCUGCCGGGCAAUGAGAAGCUGCUUCUGCCUGAAACGGGGGAGCCGCGAUCAGCCGCCGCCGCCAGCGCCCCGGGCAACAGAUCAGUCCACGAUGCCUGAGGUCAGAGAUCUUGCGGAUGCCUUGCCAGAUGUGCAAAUGGACCCAAUCACCGGAGUCGGGGUUGUUGCUUCUCGGAACCGGGCACCUACAGGUUAUGACGUAGUUUCACAAACGGCGGACGGGUUGGACGCCGACCUCUGGAAAGAUGGCCUCUUUAAAUCCAAGGUCACCCGAUAUCUGUGCUUUACACGGACGUUUUCUAAAGAGAAUAGUCACCUGGGCAAUGUCUUGGUUGAUAUGAAGCUCAUUGACAUCAAGGACACGCUGCCGGUGGGUUUCAUCCCCAUCCAAGAGACCAUGGACACACAGGAAACAGCUUUCCGAAAGAAGAGGCUUUGCAUUAAGUUCAUUCCUCGGGAUUCCACAGAAGCUGCUAUUUGUGAUAUCCGAAUCCUGGGCCGGGGCAAGCAGGCUCCUUCCCAGUAUACAUUCAUAGGGGAACUCAACAACAUGAUCAUCUGGUACAGAAUGGGCAAGGUCCCACGAAAUCAUGAAGCAUCACAGCCCACCACGCCUUCUCCGCAAGCUCCAGCUACGACACCAGCUGCUAACCUCCCCAGGCAUAUAUCCCUGACACUUCCAGCCAGCUUUCGAGGGAAAGGGCAUGGCACACGGCCAGACUUUGAGUACCAGCACUCUAAUUUAUACGCCAUAUCGGCUAUGGAAGGCGUGCCUUUUAUGAUCUCGGAGAAGUUUGCCUGCGCUUCUGAAGGGAUGCAGCCUGUCGAUCUCCUGGGCAUUACCAUUAAGUCCUUGGCAGAAAUCGAAAAGGAGUAUGACUACAGCUUCAGGACGGAGCAGAGUGCUGCAGCCCGGCUUCCCCCGAGCCCCACUAGAUGUCAGCAGCUACCGCAGUCCUGAAAUCCUCAAUUCCUCGGAAGGGAAUCACAUGUACUACUGAAGUGGGGGGGGGGGACUGACUCCCCAGCCCACCUUUUCCCCUCCCUUCCCCACAAUCCUUACAAGCAGUGUUACUGAAGAGUGUUUCCAACAAAGGGGUUUUUUUUUCUAAUGAAUCACCAUUUUUGUACAGUAUGACUGACUGGGGUAUCUUAAUCUUUGUUUGGGGUUUUUUGUACCUGUUGUUGUUUUGGAGAUUUGGACUGGUUAACCCUUUUCAUCAGCUACCUGGAUCUUCCAUCCUCCUCUGGAAUUCCUCCCACAUCAUAACAAUUAACACAGACUUCGGUGGGUGCUUCUGUCCAUCCUCUCUUACGUCCCCCCCCCCCAAUAACUGCAAUCCCAUCAGGGCAUCUUUCUAUAGAAGGAAUGGACAUCUGGCUCUUCACUUUGAACUAUGAUCUGCAGUUACUUGGAAGUGGAUGGUCCUGGGAGGGAUAUCAGAAUUGGAACUCGGUUCAGUCUCUAGAACCCACGUGGGUAAAUUGGUCUCCAGAACAAUGACACGUCCUCUGCCCUAAACUUGCAUCUGUGUCUCAGUAAAUGAGGUUUCCUCCAGUUUGUAAAGAGACCGCAAACUCCUCGGUUCAAUGGGCCAGUGUUCCUCUACUAACCUGUGGUUGUUUCGUUCAGUACUGGCUUAUGAAGGGGGAGAAAAGCCAAUUGUUUGCCUUCUCAGUGGUGAAAAUCGCACAACUGGCUGUUCAUGAUUGGAACAGCCUCGAGCCCUUUCAUAGCCUGGACUUCCUUCUGGCUCAUGAAACCUGGAGUUGACCUUGCUCUAUCCUCCAUUCGAGAGGUCUCCCAGCCGAAUUUUCCAAGCCGAAUUUUCCCUAAUUUUCCCACAGCCUCUUUCAUUCAACUACGAGCAAUCAGCCAAAACAUUUGCAUGGAGGUAUUCUGCGAUGUUCUCGCAGAAUUAACAACUUCCUGACCUGGACUUCAUUCCUGCACCCAAAACUACUUGAACAUGGCAACAGACAAAAUGCCCAGUAGAAUGUUUUGAUUACUUCGGUUGCCUCUUUCCUCUUUGACCCUCUCAUUGGCUGCUUGAAAAGAGAGCGACCACCACGUGUGCCUCCGGAAGCCUUCUUGGAAGGACCUCAAACUUCGUUUUUUAACAAGGCCGGCAUCGCUUGGCCAGCCCAGAAACAAUGAAGCUUCAGCCUCCAGCAUGCAUAUAGUGGGCAUCUCCAGCCAUUCUCCUUGGAGCCCCAGUGUACAUCAUGGCAAAAUCCGUUACUGAAACGUUAUUUUGGAAAGUUUGUGGAUCUUUGCUGCUUCGUGAGUCCCUGCCAGAGAACAAGCACUGCAUUAUGGCAGAUGUGGGGGUUUGGGGGGUGGGCUAUGAGCAAGAAACAAAAGGGGAACGUUUUGAAUGUGGAACAUGUAAAUACUUACUGUCUAAUUGUGUUAAAAUGCAAGUAAUUGUCAUGGACAUGUUGCUCUUAAUGUGGGCCGUUUGGCGAUCAUUCUCCUGCUCCUUUGAUACUUCUUUCAGAGUUUAGCAGGUAACUUGGCUCAGGAGAGAGGGUCCCAUUCUGUAUUGUUCUUAGCAACGGCACCUUCUCUCUCCCUGGUUCAGGACGGCAUUUUUAGCAAGGCCUGCCUUCUGGGAAGAUUAUGUUGCCAUCAUGGACAAGGGGCAAAAUCAGAGCAACUGGUAUUUCACUCACAGGGCAUGUCCUUGGCAGCUCAGAUAACACCUGGAUAUUCAUGCACAGAACCUCUGGCCCUACAAACCAGUUGGGAUAGUUCAUCAUCUGCUCUGGCAGGAUGUGUGCCAUCUGUAGAACUGGUUUCUAGGUUAUCAGAUCAGGUAUGACAAGAUGGGCUUGCAUUUUUCAGCACUUCUGUUUCAGGUCUGAAAUCAAACUCGGAAAAAUGCAGCAUGCCCCUACAACGCCAACGCCUUCCAAGUCUCCAUUCCUGUUCCACCCUAUUCAUUGCUGACAUAUAUAUAUAUAUUCUCAUAUUCUUUCCUGAGGCACCGAAAUGUAUUGGCAGUAUUUGGUAGAGAUGUGUGGGGCCAUCAGCAGUUAGUAGAGGGGGGGGGGAAGUGUUAAUUUGUAUUCGAGUAGUUAACAAGUGUCGUUGUUUUCUACAGAUAUAUUCCAGAAAUGCAGUUGAGGGGGUUUUUGUAUGGUUGCGGGAAGAGGUGUCAUCCAAAAUGUGGUCCAUCAAGUUCUCACAGAUUUCAAGGGCAUGUUCCCCUAGCACACAGGUGUCAAACUCACGACCCUCCAGAUGUUAUGGACUACAGUUCCAAUCAUGCUGGCAGGGGAUGAUGGGAACUGUAGUCCAUAACAUCUGGAGGGUCACGAGUUUGACACCUAUGCUAGCAGCUCUCCAGGUUUUAACAUUUGGAUCUGUACUGCUAUGUUGUCUGGAUUCUUACACAAGUGCGCACACAAAGGUGUUUGGCAUACUGUUUCUCUACCACUUGCUUAGACAGGCAGGGCCAACAGAUACCAGUUCCUUGCUCUUGGGUCCUGGAUAUUCAGAGGCACUGAUACAGUACUGGCAAGCCUUUAGAUUAGAGCUAUGCAAGCAUGCCUCUUAGUGUGACGACUGCAUCUUUUCUAGUUAGUUGGAUGGUUCUACAUUUAACAUUUGCUCAUCGUCUUGAUUUUUUAAAAAAUCUAAAGUGUUUGGUAGAGACGUUGAAAAGGACCUCAUAGUGGGCGAUUUCUUGAAUGUAGGAGGUCUUCUGUUCUGCGUAGUGUCUUCUACUGUUCCACUGUUUUGUCCCUUUGCUAGCAAACCUGGGAAGAUUGCUGUCCUGGGGUCUGCCAGAGCAGGUAACUCAAUUUCACCUGAAGAUAGGCUGGUCUCUGCAGUGACCUGUGCAGCAGCCCCAUGAUGUCUCACUCCCCCUUGUCAUGGCAGAUUUGAAGCACACUAAGGCCUGCGUGUUCUCUCCCUUCUCCAUUGGUGGUUGCUAAGAAAUGCGCAAGUUCCGAACAUCUGCUCUCCCCCUUUUGGUGGUUGCUGGGAUAGCGUGCCUGAAGCGCUUUGUGCCUCAUCAGAACCAAUGAAUGUUUUCCACUUUAUUUGGACAGAGCAUGCAGCCUAUGUGUACAGUACCUCAUUUAACUGUUGCACGUGGUCUAAUUUUUGGUGUGCAAGCAUGCUAACUUUGGCCAAUUAUGUCUUCCCAGGGCAUGCUCUUCUCGUGCUUCGUGUAUUUCCAUGUGUUAUCCCAGUCACUGCCAUGAGGGGGAGACAGAUUCAUGCAGUUAAGUUUCCUGCACGCGAUCAGCCUUGACUGCAUGAUCGCACAGGCAAACACAAGUGUGAAUCAGGCGGACGGUGGGCACAGAUGCGGCUGUCUUUGAAAUUUUGGUAGAUGGAAAAGGCACUGGCUGAAACUGGUGAACAGCUGCCGGUUGUUUCCAUGUGUCCAGCCUAAUUCAUACCUGGAGAUUUCAUGACCACUCAUGUUUCAUGGAACCAGUUCAAAGUGGACCAGUCCUGUGGAAUAAAUGUGUCAUUUUUCAAAUGGUCUACAAAGUUGUAGGUUGAGAGAGAGAGAGAGCGCGCCAGAAGGUACCUUCCACUCAUGAUCCAUGUUGUGCCUCUUUCCCCUUAAAACAUGUUUGGUUUGUUUGUUUGUUUUUAAAAGGGUGUGGAGUGACCAGAGGAGAAAAGAGCCUGUUUCUGGACUCUGUAAUGUGAAAUGCCUUGAUAAAAGCAUCCAUUUUGAGCUCUGACAGGCACAAAGCAAAACGUUGUGUUACACAGUGGGGGUAUCUUUGGUUGUGUUGUGAGUAACCGUGUGUGAGUAUGUGUUUCUAUUUUUAUUUUUUAAAGAUGCUAUGCAUUUUAUUUGCGCUGGAAGUGGAUUAACUUGUUCAUGAAUAAUAAUAUCAUUUCAUAUUUAUUUCUAGAUGGCCUUCCUUGUCUUUUGCAAAGGGAAGUUUUUGUGUGUGAGGAUCUAGUCUGUAUUCUUAAUAUAAUUUGUUAAAUAAAAGUUUGUUUUAACCAGA